AUGGGGGGGCCCCCCAGGGGCCCCCCCGCGCCCCUCUUGAGGAGCGUCAGGGGCCAUUUAGGGGGCCCCCACAGAAGUACCCUCUUUGGGGGCCCCCCCAUGAGGUUCCUCCGGGAGGCCCUGAAGGAGCCCCCAGCAGUACCCUCUUUGGGGGCCCCUAGAGACUCUCUUGCGGGGACCUUAGGGGGCCCCCAAGGGGCCCCCUUGCCCCCGAGGGGGGCCCUGAAGAGGGGCCCCCAGAGGCAACUAGGGGCCCCGGGGGCCCCUGGGGAGACCCUUCUGGGGGCCUUCCUGAAGGCCCCUUUGGAGGGCCCCCUGGGGGCCCCCCUGGGGUCUUUGGGGGCCCCUUUAGGGCCCCCAAGGGCCCCCCGGGCUGUGGGCGCUUUUAGAUCUAUUGGGUUCUGGAGGCGACGCGAGGCUGAGCUGCUGCUGCUGCUGCAGCAGCAGCAGCAAGAAGCAGCAAAGCAGCUGGCAGCAGGGUCCCUCUGGCACAUUUGGAACCCCCCAGGAGUUGUCUUCACUUCCCGCAGGUAA